GAGGAAAUGUCGCUCUGACUUGUUCAUAACGCGCUUCAUAAAACUUAUGCCUGAGGCGUUUUCAUAAAACGACCCCGCGAUAAUACCAAAAUUAUAGAAAUUUGACAACAGCAUCCCCGCCAUACUUUCAAGGAUAUUCUCCUCUCUCCAAAUAUACCAAGAUGGAAACCCCAACGGUACCACCAGAACCAAUUGUCUCACAAACUUCCUCCACACCAGCAAAUCUUCCACAAAUCCUCACUUACCCCUCCAAAACCCCACCACAACUCAUAACCCAAGGCGCAGAAGCCCUGCUCUACAAAUCAACCUACCUCCUCCCAACCCUUCCCUGCGCACUUAAAUACCGUCCCUCAAAGCCAUACCGACAUCCCAUCCUCGAUGUCCGAUUAACCAAGCAUCGAAUCCUGGCAGAAGCGAGAGUGUUGGUGAAAUGUAGGAAAGAAGGUGUUCCUGUUCCAGCGGUGUAUGCUUUGGAUGAGAGCAAAGGAUGGCUGUGUAUUGAAUGGAUUGAGGGCGAGGUGGUGAGGAUCAGGUUGAAUGAGUGGUUGAGAAGGAGGAAAGAGGCUGGUACAGAGGAAGGGAGUGAAGAAGAGGAAUUGGUGGAUUUGAUGGGGAGGAUUGGGAGUGCGGUGGGGAAAAUGCAUGGUGUUGGUAUUGUGCAUGGAGAUUUAACGACGAGUAAUUUGAUGUUAAGACCGUGGGCGAAGGGGGUUAUGAAUGGCCAUUCGAGUGAAGAUGGAAAGGGGAUAUUGGAGGGAGAGAUUGUGUUGAUUGAUUUCGGACUUGCGAGUCAAAGUACAGCUGACGAGGACAGGGCUGUGGACCUAUAUGUGCUGGAACGAGCCUUUGGCAGUACACAUCCAAGAGCUGAGUCAUUGCUGAAAGAGAUGUUGACUGCAUAUGGGAAGAGCUUCAAGGGUGCAAACGUCGUGCUCAAAAAGCUGGAAGAUGUAAGGAUGAGGGGUAGAAAACGAAGCAUGUUAGGUUGAAUUCGUUACUCCUCCCAAGACAAAGUCCUGGCGUAUCAUGCAAACACAUGCACGGCUCUGUCUAUGUACAAAUCGUCU